CGCAGGUGUGGUGGAUGCUGUUGAACGCGUUACAUUCCACCAGCAGUCGCCGAGAUUACCGCCGCCAGCGGGACGCCGCUCCGGACCCCCCCUCGUUAAUAGCGUCACACAACGAGUGUCUCUGAACACGUGUUUCAAAGUACUAUCGUUAUCUCUAUUAAUCACGAGCGGCCCGCUAACGUCUACUCAACUACAACUAACUAACUAACCAGCUAACUAACGGUCACCGAGAUGUCGGAGCGCACUUCCGGUCUGUUCGACCUGUUGAAUGACGCCAUCGGGACGCCGCAGAGAGGAGUCGUCAACUUCAGCGCCCUGCACGCGCUGCUCCACGCAGUGCUGCGCCAGCUGGACGCGCGGGACACCCCCGCGCGGGACUCCCCCACGCGGGGCUCCCCCGCCCGGGACACCCCGUGGAGGGACCCGGACCCGGAGGGGGACGGGGCUCUCAACCAGGACCACCCGGGCGAGAGGGAGCUGAAGGUUGAGCCCGGGCAGGAGCUCCAGCAGCGGAUAGCCUCGUCACCCUCCCCCCCGGAGCCCACCUCCUCCUCCGGGCCGGCGGAGGGCGACCAGCUGACCCGGAUCCGGACCUGCGAGGACGGCGUGUCCAAGGCCAUGAGGCUCAUUGAGGAGCUGCAUGAACAAAGAGUCCACCUGAAGGAGGAGGUGAAGGAGCCCCGCCACCAACAGAAGGUGGAAGCUGACCCCUCCCAGGUGCAGAAGUGCUCCCUCCGUGUGGACGCUCUGGAGGACACUGUGAGGUCUCUGAGGGACACGUUUCUGAAGUACCCGGACCCAGAGGCGCUGACUCACUGCGUGACGUGGGACGACCUGCAGACGACUCUGCUCGGCCAGAGGGAAAAGGAGCCCGAGGAGCUCGCUCAUUCCGCCGCGUCCACGCCCUUCAACAGAGCUUCUCACACCAGCACGCCCCCCCCCCACGCUGUGCCAGCAGCUCCGAGGGGGUUUCCCACGGACGGGCCUCCUCAGCGGACCCCUCUCAGGGCCGGCCUGACCCGGAACGCCAGCAUCUCGGAGCGCCACGCGGAGGUGCUGGAGGCGCUGAGGGGCGUCGGCCAGCUGGAGGCUCGUGUUGCCGCGCUGGAAGGAGGGAAGGCGGACCGGGCCCAGCUGACUCAGCUCACAGAGCGCGUCAACACCAGUUCUCGGGCCUCCGAUGACGUUCUGGAUCAUCUGAACCAGCAGAGAGCUCUGAUCAGCGGCCUGAUGGGAGACCGGCAGAAGCUGGACAGCCUGGAGGACAUGCUCAUGAACCUCAACAUGCAGGACAAAGACAGCAGCUCAGUGUCCUCAGACAGCACAGCAGCAUCUGAGCUCAGGCAGCAGGUGUCCUUCCUCAGGAAGUCUGUGAAGAAGCUGGAGGAGGACGUGAAGCAGCUGGAGGCCAAGCAAGCCGUGUAUGUGGAGAGAAGGACAGACAGAGGACUGCAAGAUCAGCUGGACGACCUGCGCGGCGCGCUGGAGGACGCGGUGCAGUCCAUCACCUCCCAGCCGGCUGGUAGCCAGAGCUCAGAGGACAGGAAGCUGCUGCAGCAGCAGGAGGUGGUGAGUGGCCUCCUGCAGAGGGCUGGAGGCCACUCAGAGAACGGCGUGCUGGGGAGCGAGGUGCAGAAGGUGAUCCUGCAGCUUCAGGCCGAGUGUGAGAAGCUGCAUGAAGGCAUGAGCAUUCUGCACGAGGACAGCAGACGGAAGCAGAGCCACCUGGAGGAGCUUCUUAGGACCACGGACCAGCUGGAGGAGAAGAAGGCAGACAAGCAGAUGGUGGAGAGUGGAAUCAAAGCAGAUAAAGGUGCUCUUGAGAGCAAAGUGAGCCGUAGGCAGUUUGACUCGGCGACGGAGGAGCUCAACACCAUGUUCCACGAGCUGCUGAGCAAGGUGACGGGUCAGGAGCAGGAAUGGAACAAGGUCGUCGACAGGCUCUCCACCCAGAUGGAAUGUAAGCUGAACAGGAUGGAGUUGGACUCUGUGAAGAAGCAGCUGGAGGAUCGAUGGAAGAACAUCCACCAGAAGCUGCAGGUUGAGGAAUCUCCAGAGCAGGAGGACGCUGCUGGGAUCAAAAGACAGCUGGUGGCCAGGUUCCACUGCCUCUCCUGUGACCGGCCCGUGGUGAUGCACAGCCCCCCCCUGAAUGUGUCGUCCUCCGUGGGAAGCCCCUCCCACCAGCCGGUCCGGCCCUUCACCGUCUACACUCAGGAGCAAUUCAGACACCACUGCAGGAGCCAGCGUGUCUCUGAGGGGACGGAGUGCAGUCGCCUGUCGGUGCCGAGGAGCUGUGGGGGGAGUCACACGCUGACCUCGGCCAAGGAGCUACGCAGCAUCCUGCAGCCCGGCAAGCAGCACGUCCAGGUGGAGGUGGACCAGUCGGAGGAGGUUGAUAUCAUCGGACUGGACGGCCAUGUUUACAAGGGUCGCCUGAACACAGCAUCCAGAAACCCAGAAACUAAACUACCUACAAUCUUUACCAAAGAUGGCAAAACUAAAGACAAGGCCAAGUGCUCUCUGCCCCUCAAACGCAGCUCUUCUCCAGAGCUCCCUCCCCCGCUCAGUGUGAGGAGCGCCGUGUGCAGCCGCUCAGAAGCUCCGCCCACAUCCGUCCUCCUUCUCAGACUAACCUUCAGUGAGGAUCCACAGAGCUCCUCUUCCAGUAGAAGACAUGAAGAUUCAGGACCUCGGUGCUCUGACGCGUGGAACGUUCUCUCGACUCGUCCAAUAACCGCUGUCUUUGAAGGAGAAAUGCGUUGCCAUGGGAACGCUGCUUAGGACAUUUGAAUGAGUCCUUUUUACCGUUGACUUCCACUCAAUUCACUGAAAUCCCACAGAACUCAAAGUGUUGAAGCAUCGGAU